GGUGAAGGAUUGGGAGAGAGAUAUCUGUUGUCCCUCCAGUCCCUUUCACUUGCCCGUAGCUUUGUCUGGCAAUAUGUUGCUUUGCUGUCGUUGAGACUGUAUGAGACUUGUACUUAAAUAAACUUUUUUGCUCUUUAUUAGGAGGCACAUUUUUCAGUCAGCCAUGAGCUCCAGUCUUGUUAACUCUUUAGCCAAGGUUUAUGAUCCAAACCCUCUUCAUGGCCAGAAGCCUGGUGGAAGGAAGCUUUCUCUUAAUGGAUCAGACAAGUCUCAAGCUGCUGCUGCUUCUUGUUCUUCUUCUUCUUCUUCAUCCUCUUCCUCUCCUCAUGAUGUUGCCCUGCGUUGUGUGGAAAGCCGAAUGGACUUCCUGAGCUCUCAGAUGGAGCGAUUACUCAACAUGCAGCAGACCGUCUUGAUCAAGCUGGACGGCCUGUCCCAGGAUGUCAGGGGUAUGGGUCUGGAUCUAGCCUCAAUGCGUGACGCAAAUCACGGAGGAAGACGUGGGUCUGGGGUGGAAACGGUGUGCAGGGAGCUGCAUGGGGCCAUGGAGAGGGCCAGUGAGCAUAUGGAGACUCAGGGACGGAGGUUGGAAGGGGUGGAGAAGCUGAUGGAGGGCACCCAGCAGGUGAUAAGCUUCAUUGGUGAGGUGGUAAAGAGCUCCAGGCUGGUGGAGCUUCUGUUCAAACAGCCUGGAUGGAAAGCCAACAGGAAGGAUGGUAAGGAAAAAGCCAAGCUGAGUCUGAAAGGUUUAAAGGCCCAGAAGAAGAGAAAACCCCAAGAUGCAUCAGACGUGUCCUCCCUGAAUGAGCCUGUGCUGCAGGAACAGGUGGAAAAGCUCAACAGGCAGAACACUGAGCAUUCCCACAUAAACACAGAGGCUGAGGGGGAUACAAGAAGUGGAAGACCGGAGGCGGAAAAGCUGAUCCUGAAAGAAACGUGCACCUCCGAUGCCCAGUCAGAGGAAAGGCAGGAGGAAGCUGAGGAAACACAGGAUGAGGAAGGAGAUGGGAGUAUAUUUGAAGACUCUGAGCCAGAAGAAGAAGAAAAGCAAAAAGGGGAAGAUGUCAGUUUUGAAAAGCAUGAAAAAGUGAGGGAUGAUGUGAAGAUGAGGCAUAAAGGAGAGUCAUCAAAAUCAGAAAAGGCCCAUAUCUGCAAGACCGCUGUCCUUCAGCACGAAAGCUCUGAGGAGGCUGCUGAUGUGGCCACAUGCAGCAAACGUCGUGUUACAGAAGAAGACCGAGAAAAAGAUGCCCUGAAAAAAAGCAGGGUGGAUGACAGUAAAGUGGAAAAUGCUGAUAGACAAGCCAUCAAGGGAGCCGCGCCACAGGUGUGCACACCUGACGAAGCAAAGAGAGGAGAUGAAGGGGAGACGAAGGAGGAACUAAAGGAAUUCAUCAUUGACUCGAGCCCUUCACCGUUAGCGCCGUUCGACCACCGCAUUGUGACUCCCAAACCCCAUCAGAUCGCCACCUAUUACACUAUCAACAGAGACGAGGUCCUGGGAGGGGGGCGUUUUGGACAAGUCCACAAGUGCAUAGAGAACUCAUCGGGUCUGACUCUGGCUGCCAAGAUCAUCAAAGCCAGGAGCCAGAAAGAGAAGGAGGUGGUGAGGAACGAGAUCCAAGUGAUGAACCAGUUGAACCACGCCAACCUCAUUCAGCUGUACGCUGCAUUUGAGUCGCGUAAUGACAUCAUCCUAGUUAUGGAAUAUGUGGAAGGAGGGGAGCUGUUCGACCGCAUCAUUGAUGAAAACUACAACCUGACAGAGUUGGACACGGUGCUGUUUAUACGGCAGAUCUGUGAAGGGCUGCAGUACAUGCAUAAAAUGUACAUCCUGCAUCUCGACCUCAAGCCCGAGAACAUUCUUUGUGUCAGCAGAGCUACUAACAAGAUUAAAAUCAUUGACUUUGGCCUUGCCAGGAGGUAUAAGCCCAGGGAGAAGCUAAAGGUCAACUUUGGAACACCUGAGUUUUUAGCUCCUGAAGUCAUCAAUUACGAGUUUGUGUCAUUCCCCACAGACAUGUGGAGCCUCGGAGUCAUCACCUAUAUGCUGCUCAGCGGCUUGUCUCCAUUUCUGGGGGAUGAUGACAAUGAGACGCUGAACAACAUCCUGGCCUGUGAGUGGAACUUUGAGGAGGUGGAGUUUAAAGACGUCUCUGAUGAAGCCAAAGACUUUAUCACACGUCUGCUGGUGAAGAGUAAGAGCUGGAGGAUGAGCGCAGCAGAGUCCCUCAAACAUCCCUGGCUGUCAGACCGGAGUCUGCACUAUCAACUAAACCAGAAGAAAAACAAGUGCCACUCCGCCCACGCUCCUCCUUCAGAGAGCAAGACAAAAACAAUGUGAGGCCCCCGGCACGCCUUUUCACAAUGAAAGGACCUGGAGCCCAACACUGGACCAAUCCUGCUGUACCUGUAUAUCCACUUGAUAACUACUCUCCCACAUCCAACCUCUGCUUCGCUCCACAUCUUGCAGUUCUGACCCGAAUAGCGCGAGGCACAUUAAUAACGUCGCGGACCUUCUGCAGUGUCUGAAUACAGUAGCGCUGAAGGUAAAAGUAUGAGAUGUGUCCUGAUGAGGAACCAAACUGUUAGAGGCAUAAAGCCCGUCUGCUUCCACAUUUAUCACAGAACAGCUGUUCAGCAUCAAACCAUCACGGUUAUUCUUCCACCGUUUGUCAUGUUGUCCUAUUUUUUGCAUGCUUUGCACUUUCUUCAUUUAUUUUCUCCAAGGGUCAGCAAACAACUUUGAAUAUGAUAUAGACUGGAUGCCGUUAUUUAAAUGGUGUAUUUUUGUGAUUUUUUUUCCUUUAAUUUAAAAGUCUUAUAAAAAUUAAUGUUUUUUUUUCUUGAACAUAAGUUUAAAUAUAUUUUGAACUUGAUUGAAUUUGAAGUCAUAGCUCAUUAAUUUAUUUGUGUACAGCACAGCACCACAUACCCUCAUUUCCCCCCUCAGAAGUGACAAAAUGGUUCACCCUAAUUUCCAGCCUUUAUCCACUGUAAGCCUGCAUUGCCUUCUGUAUCUUCACUUGCGCCACAUCUCAUCUUGGAGUAGCCCUUUCACCUUCCAUGAAGGCAUAACGAACAGCAGAAUACUACCUGUAAAUGAUAUAUAUUUAUAUAUAUUUUUAUGACUGAAGUGGAUUCUUAUGUUCAUUUAUUUACUGGUUCAACACCAGAAUGUACUUGAAGAGCUUUUAUUUAAGAUGUGACGUUUUUCAGGGGAGAUAAGCAGGAUGUCAUUUAGUUAUGCACAUAUGACAGGUGCAUCUGCACAGUUCAGGUUGAUGGAGAGCCAACGGCAGAGCGAAGAAGACACCAGUCAUUGCUUUAUUGCCCCUUUCAAGUUGAUGGGAACUGAACGUGUAUUCGACACUCAGUGGUUUGCUAUUCCAUUUGGAAGUAGAAAAGCUCUGUGAUUUCAAUACCUGUUUAUUUGAAUUUAUUUCUUUUUCAGGUUUUCUUGUGUAAUGACGAGAG